CCGUCACACUCCUCUCUCGUCUUGACUAUGGGCCGCCGUCGCCGCCGCCGCAAGACAACAGCCUCGUCGCCUGCUCCGACCUCCCCCUCCUCCACCAACACCCCUACCACCAACACCACCACAUCCAAGGCCAAGCCUGACAUUCUCGAAACCCCAAAGCGGCUCAUCACUCUCGACGAAGUCCUCGCUCGCUUCCCCGACACAGAGCCCAAGGAUAUUCGCUCAUACAAGCCCAGCGCAAAUGCUGGUGUCCAAGGUGUUGAUCUCUCACUGCUUGACCUGGACAAGCUGCGGCGGAUGGACCUUAGCCGCCAGGCCGUGGAUGACUUUGCUCUUGUCGCCCGCAUGGGCAAGCGCCUUCGCUGGCUCAACCUUGCACACAACAGCAUCACGGCCUUGACCGACGCCAAGAAGCUGAAGAAGGUCAACGUCCUCAACGUGUCCAACAACAAGCUCGCAUCGCUCUCGGGCCUCUCGUCGAUGUACAAUCUCAACGCGCUCAUCCUGUCCAACAAUGAGCUCGCGGGCGAGGUCUUUGUCCACCUGCGUCGCCUCGACACUCUCGUCAUCUCCCACAACGCGCUGACAAAGCUAGAGGGCCUCAACAUCUCGGUCGAUCUUGACAAGAUCUCGGCUUCGCACAACAAAUUUACCGCCAUUCCCGACCUCUCCGAGAACCCCAUGCUCAAGGAGCUCCGCCUCGGCCACAACGAAAUCUCCGGCCUCAAGCCCGACGUCCUUGUCGCCUGCCGUGGCCUCCGCAUCCUCGAGCUUGGCCACAACAAGUUGACCGCCGACGACGUUGCCACUCUCAUUGAUGCCAUCCUUCCCGCCCUACCUGAGAUCGAGUCCAUCAACAUCCGCGGGAACCCGGCGUCGAAGGCCGCGACCCGGAUGAGCUGGUUGCCGCCCUCUUUGCCGCAGCGCCCUCGCUCCGCACUGCCAACGGUCGCAAGACCUCGGCAGCAGAAGCCUCCAAGAAGCUCGUCCCAAAGCGCCGCCGUCGCCUCCAUAUGUUUGGCCACCACUUUAAGGAGGCGCCCGCCAAGCCGGCACAGACCGGCAAGGGUCAAAACGGCAAGGGCAAGGACAAGCCGCGCCGCGGUCGUGGGGGAAGCGCAAGCGUGGCGCUGACACACAGUCGGCCCCCGUUGCCGAGCCCGCCACAAACGACGAUCCCGCAGCUAAGCGCUCCAAGGGUCUCGACAAGAAGGCCAAAUCCAAGGCCAAGUCCAAGUCCAACGACAGCGUCAACCCGUUCGACAAGAUCGAUGCCGCCAAGCGCAUCGCCGCCGCCACUGCCGAAACCGAGCGCAAGAUUGCCGACCCGUCCAUCACAGGCCUUGCCGCCGUUGUCCCGGCCAAGUCCAAGACAAAGAAGGCCAAGUCGAAGGCCGAUACCACGGUCGCUGCGCCCGAGGUCGAGCCCGAGUUUGGCGCAGGCGGCGGCUGGGACUAAUCCAGAGCUGCGCCCACUCGCUGCAAGUGAAGUAAAGCAAGAGCAACAGCAG